AUGAACCAAUCUUAUGGGUCAUUGUGUGCUAAAGAGGAGGGAAGCGAUGCCUUGGGUCCUAGUGGUGACGAAUGUGGUGACGAAUUUCAGGAUGGGGGAUUAGGGGUGGAGUCAGAGGCACAUGAGUAUUUCGGGGACAACUUCUACAACAACUGGGGGGAGAGAGCCGUCGACGGUAUUGCAGAGUUGGGGUGUAUUAAUUUCAAAGAACUACAAUUUGUAUGCAAAAUGAAUGGUUUUACUGUGAGGAAGAAUAAGAUUUGGCGAAAUAUGAAGAGUGAGGUUACACAACAAGAAUUUGUAUGUUUUUGGCAAGGGUUCAAAGAUAUGGGAUCCGUUAACGACGGCCUGAGAUGGAAACGUGAGCCAAAUGCGGAGACUAGAUGCGGUUGUGAGGCAGAAACGCGAGAAGUUCAAAACCACGAACUGCUGGAGGAUAGACUGAUCUUUAUGCUACCGGGGAAUAGGAAAAUAGAUGCAACCCCCAUGGAACAAAUGAAUAUGAUGCUGAAAGUUAGGAUUAAAAUGCCACAUAUUUAUUCAUCUUUUGUGCACACUGCCGAGGGAUUCCAAAACGUUCUGUUUCUAAAGAGAGAUAUGUAUAACCAGAUAGGCAAGGAAUGGAGGCUUAUAGGUGGUGAUGUGAUGUCUUGCCUUAAGUUCUUAGAAUCAACGCCGCAAGAGAAUCCAAGAAUGUAUGUGAGUUACUUGGCGGACAAGGAUGGUCGUCUGGUACACCUGUUUUGGUCGGAUAAUUAUAGUCAGCUGGAUUAUCGUUUGUUUGGGUAUGUCGUCGCAUUUGAUGUGACAUAUCGGAAGAAUAAGUAUAUGUAUCCACUGGUUGUGUUUUCCGGAAUCAAUCACCAUAACCAAACAAUUAUGUUUGCUGCUGUGCUAGUGGCAAAUGAGAAUGAUCAGACUUACACCUGGUUGCUUCAAUAG